ACAAAUGCACCGAAGAAGAAGAAGAAUGAGGAGCAGGAGGCAGCGGAUGUUUAUGGGAGGAGCGCUUGUCCCACGUUUCCUUAAUAACUAGAGCUCAUUACACAUUCAGGAGUUUAGCGGGACCGAUUGUGUCACAUCAAAGCGACAAUUGAUCCAUUUGUAGUUUUACUGGUCAGAUACCACGUUAGCUGCUAGCUAACAUGAGGACUUUAAAGACCUUAACGACCUGUUCUCCUCUCAGGUGUGCGCUGCUUAGACGUUGUUGUAACUUCUCUAGCACUAGUCCAGAAAAGAAGAGGACAUCUGUAACGGACAACUUCAGGACUCGGUUAGCAUCUGGUCCAAGUUUCCAGGACUUUGUUAAGAAGGGAGUUUCAGUGGCAUUAGGCGGAGCAGACCCAGAGGAACAGGGCUAUCUUUCUGCAGACCUGGACAUGGGGAGGUCAAGGAAAGUGUACUUCGAGACUUACGGGUGCCAAAUGAACGUCAGUGACACGCAGAUAGCUCAGGCCAUCCUGGAGAAGAAAGGCUACCAACGGACAGCUCAUCUGAGCCAGGCAGAUGUUGUUCUGCUGGUGACCUGCUCCAUAAGAGAAAAAGCGGAACAAACAAUUUGGAAUAGAUUACAACAACUCGCAGCCAUGAAGAGGAAACGAUUAAAGAUCCAGUCACCAAUGAAGAUAGGCAUUUUAGGCUGCAUGGCAGAGAGGCUGAAGACGGAGCUCCUGGAGCGAGAGAAGCUGGUUGAUGUCAUCGCUGGUCCAGAUUCUUACCGAGACCUCCCUCGCCUUCUAACCGUGGCCGACGGAGGUCACCAAGCCAGCAACGUGCUGCUGUCCCUGGAGGAGACUUACGCCGACAUCAUGCCCGUCCACCGCGCUCCUCAGAGCCACAGUGCUUUUGUCUCCAUCAUGCGUGGCUGUGACAACAUGUGCAGCUACUGCAUUGUUCCUUUCACCAGAGGCAGGGAGAGGAGUCGUCCCGUCAGCUCCAUCCUGGAGGAGGUCCGUAUGCUCUCCGACCAGGGUGUGAAGGAGGUGACGUUGUUAGGCCAGAAUGUGAACAGCUACCGGGACGCGUCAGAAGAACAGUUCUGUGGCUCUGACGUAACGAAGCUCAGCCGUGGAUUCAACACCGUGUACCGAUCCAAACGAGGAGGUCUGCGCUUCUCGGACCUGCUGGACCGAGUUUCCCGUGUUGAUCCUGCCAUGAGGAUCCGAUUCACCUCUCCCCAUCCCAAGGACUUCCCAGACGAGGUGUUGCAUCUGAUCUCCGAGCGGAGGAACAUCUGUAAACAGAUCCACCUUCCAGCUCAGAGCGGGAGCAACCAGGUCCUCCAAGCCAUGCGCCGCGGCUACUCCAGAGAGGCCUACCUGGAUCUCGUGAGCAACAUAAAGAGAAUCAUCCCAGCUGUGAGCCUCAGUAGCGACUUCAUCUCCGGAUUCUGUGGCGAGACGGAGGACGACCACCAGCAGACCCUCUCCCUCAUAAGAGAGGUGGGCUACAACCUGGGCUUCCUGUUUGCCUACAGCAUGAGAAAGAAGACCCACGCCUUCCACCGCCUUCAGGACGACGUUCCGGCUCACGUGAAGCGGCGGCGGCUGGAGGAGUGCAUCGACGUGUUCAGAGAGGAAGCUUCAAGGGUCAACGCGGCUCUCGUUGGCAGCUCACAGCUGGUGCUGGUGGAGGGGGAAAGUAAAAGAUCGGCCAAAGACCUGUGUGGGAGAACGGACGGCAACGUGAAAGUGAUUUUCCCCAAAGAGGAUGCUGCGUCGAUCCAUGCUGGAGACUACGUGCUGGUGGAGAUAUUAUCAGCCACCUCACAGAGCCUGCGAGGUCGAGCCCUUGGCCACAGCAACCUGGACACACGGACAGCAACCUCUGGCCAGCUUCGUGGAUAUGUGACCUCAGACAGCACCAUGAUCAAGGACAUCACGGGAUGAAGACAAAAAAAUCGCUUUAUAUUCUUUAGUCUGAUCAGAUUCACCUUUUGAAAAGUUCAAUUUAACUUAAUUAUACUAUUGAUUCAAAGUAUCUAAAUGACUUUAAUCCCAUUUGGAUUAAAUAAAUGUAGAAUCUGCUCCCAUCA